AUGUCCAAUCUAAAAGGCGGCACCAAAAAAGACACCAAGAUGAGGAUACGAGCAUUUCCUAUGAACAUGGAUGAGAAGUAUGUGAACAACAUAUGGGACCUUCUCAAAAAUGCUAUCCAGGAGAUCCAGAGGAAGAAUAAUAGUGGGCUGAGUUUUGAGGAGCUAUACAGGAAUGCCUACACCAUGGUUCUCCACAAACAUGGGGAAAAGCUCUACACUGGUUUAAGGGAAGUUGUUACAGAACAUCUAAUCAACAAAGUACGGGAGGAUGUGCUUAAUUCUUUAAAUAACAAUUUUCUGCAAACAUUGAAUCAAGCUUGGAAUGACCAUCAAACUGCAAUGGUUAUGAUAAGAGACAUUCUUAUGUACAUGGACAGAGUUUAUGUUCAACAAAAUAAUGUGGAGAAUGUGUACAACCUGGGCCUCAUCAUCUUCAGAGAUCAAGUUGUGCGCUAUGGCUGCAUUAGGGACCAUCUUCAACAGACCUUAUUGGACAUGAUUGCGCGUGAGAGGAAGGGAGAAGUUGUUGACAGAGGAGCCAUUAGAAAUGCCUGUCAGAUGUUGAUGAUCCUUGGCUUGGAUGGAAGAACUGUAUAUGAGGAGGACUUUGAAGGCCCAUUCUUGGAUAUGUCUGCUGAGUUCUUUCAGAUGGAGAGCCAAAAGUUCUUGGCUGAAAACAGUGCUAGUGUGUACAUAAAGAAAGUUGAGGCAAGAAUAAAUGAGGAGAUUGAGCGUGUUAUGCACUGUUUGGACAAAACCACAGAAGAACCCAUUGUCAAAGUGGUUGAACGAGAGCUUAUUUCAAAACAUAUGAAAACAAUUGUGGAAAUGGAAAACUCUGGACUUGUUCAUAUGCUAAAAAAUGGGAAGACGGAAGACUUGGCCUGCAUGUACAAGUUAUUCAGUCGUGUGCCAAAUGGGUUAAAAACAAUGUGUGAGUGCAUGAGCGCUUACUUACGGGAGCAAGGCAAAGCACUUGUUUCAGAAGAAGGAGAAGGAAAGAACCCUGUGGACUAUAUUCAGGGUUUACUAGAUCUGAAGACAAGGUUUGACCGCUUUCUCCUCGAGUCCUUCAACAAUGACAGACUCUUCAAGCAAACAAUAGCAGGAGAUUUUGAGUAUUUCCUCAACCUCAACUCUCGCUCACCAGAAUAUUUAUCUCUUUUUAUUGAUGACAAGUUGAAGAAGGGUGUCAAAGGGCUGACAGAGCAAGAGGUUGAGUCAAUUCUUGACAAAGCCAUGGUGUUGUUCAGGUUCAUGCAAGAAAAAGAUGUGUUUGAAAGGUACUACAAGCAGCAUCUUGGCCGAAGGCUUUUGAGUAACAAGAGUGUGUCCGAUGACUCUGAAAAAAAUAUGAUUUCUAAGCUUAAGACAGAAUGUGGGUGUCAGUUCACUUCAAAACUGGAAGGAAUGUUCAGAGACAUGAGCAUCUCAAACACUACUAUGGAUGAAUUCAGGCAGCACAUUCAGACCACAUCGGCUUCUCUCAGUGGAGUGGACCUAAUUGUAAGAGUUCUCACAACAGGCUACUGGCCCACUCAGUCAGCAACCCCUAAAUGCAAUAUCCCCCCUUCACCCAGACACGCCUUUGAAGUCUUCAGAAGGUUUUACCUGGCUAAGCACAGUGGGAGACAGCUCACACUGCAGCAUCACAUGGGUGGUGCAGACCUAAAUGCAACUUUCUAUGGUGUGGUUAAGAAGGAGGAUGGUUCUGAAGUGGGCGUCGGUGGUGCUCAGGUCACAGGCUCCAACACUCGCAAGCACAUACUGCAAGUCUCCACCUUUCAGAUGACCAUUCUUAUGCUUUUUAACAACAGAGAAAAGUCCACAUUUGAGGAAAUUCAACAAGAGACGGAUAUUCCCGAGCGAGAGUUGGUGCGAGCGUUACAAUCUUUAGCCUGUGGAAAACCUACACAGAGGAUCCUCACAAAGGAGCCCAAGUCCAAGGAGAUAGAGAAUGGCCAUGUGUUUACAGUUAACGAUCAGUUUACUUCGAAGCUGCACAGAGUCAAAAUUCAAACGGUUGCUGCUAAACAAGGAGAAUCUGACCCUGAACGAAAAGAAACGCGACAAAAAGUAGAUGAUGACCGAAAACAUGAAAUUGAAGCUGCAAUUGUCCGAAUCAUGAAGUCCCGAAAGAAGAUGCAGCAUAAUGUUUUGGUCGCAGAGGUGACUCAGCAGCUCCGGGCCCGUUUCCUCCCCAGUCCUGUGGUUAUAAAAAAGCGUAUUGAAGGACUAAUAGAAAGAGAAUACUUGGCAAGAACACCAGAGGAUCGUAAAGUAUACACCUAUGUUGCAUAG